AUGUCAUCUUCAACUGCUGCAAUUUCUACCAUUCACAAUUGUGCUCCUUUGGUUAUCCCUGGAAGUAGAAAUAUCAAAGCAACAAAGUCAUCAUCAUCAUGGUUGAGUGGAUCCCCUCUCAAUUUAUCCUCAAAUUCAAUCCUCUCCCUCCAUUAUAAUACCAAGAAUAACAGGCGGGGUCUUAGUGUUAUUGCCAUGGCUCCUCCUAAGCCAGGCGGCAAAGCCAAGAAAGUGACUGGGAUUAUUAAGCUGGCAUUAGAGGCUGGGAAGGCCACCCCAUCUCCGCCAGUGGGUCCUGCGCUUGGUUCAAAGGGUGUGAAUAUCAUGGCAUUCUGUAAGGAUUACAAUGCCCGAACUGCUGAUAAAGCUGGUUAUGUUAUCCCUGUUGAAAUUACUGUCUAUGAUGAUAGGAGCUUCACUUUUAUCCUGAAAACUCCUCCUGCUUCGGUUUUGCUACUCAAGGCUGCAGGGGCGGAAAAAGGCUCAAAAGAUCCAAAACAAGAGAAAGUGGGUAAGAUUACAAUCGAGCAGUUGAGAGCCAUUGCACAAGAGAAGUUGCCAGACCUAAAUUGUUCAACUAUUGAAUCAGCAAUGAGAAUCAUAGCAGGCACUGCUGCUAAUAUGGGAAUCGACAUUGAUCCUCCUGUUCUGGAACCUAAACAGAAAAAAAAAAUGAGCAAUGAAGGUGAAAACGGAGCUGAGAACUCACCAAACAGAAGAGCUCCACGUUUGAACGAGAGGAUACUCUCAUCUUUGUCCAGGAGAUCAGUUGCUGCUCAUCCUUGGCAUGAUCUUGAGAUUGGACCUGGAGCUCCUCAGAUAUUCAAUGUUGUUAUUGAAAUAACAAAAGGAAGCAAAGUCAAGUACGAGCUUGACAAGAAAACUGGUUUGAUCAAGGUCGAUCGCAUAUUAUAUUCAUCAGUGGUCUAUCCUCACAACUAUGGGUUCAUUCCUCGAACAUUAUGUGAAGAUAAUGAUCCAAUGGAUGUUUUAGUCCUCAUGCAGGAACCUGUCCUGCCCGGUUGCUUCCUUCGAGCAAGAGCUGUUGGACUGAUGCCAAUGAUUGAUCAGGGAGAGAAAGAUGAUAAGAUCAUUGCUGUCUGCGCUGACGAUCCUGAAUAUCGGCACUACACUGAUAUCAGCCAGCUUCCACCACAUCGUCUGGCUGAAAUCCGUCGAUUCUUUGAAGAUUAUAAGAAGAAUGAAAACAAGGAGGUUGCAGUUGACGAAUUUCUGCCUGCUGCUACCGCUAUUGAUGCUAUCCAGUACUCCAUGGACCUUUAUGCUGAAUACAUAUUGCAUACAUUGAGGAAGUAG